AUGAGCUCAGUGGCUACCAUUGGCAUCACUGACCAUGCCCAGGGACAUUUAGGAGAAGUUGUGUUUGUGGAGCUGCCAGAAGAGAAAAGCUCAGUGAGCAAAGAGAAAAACUUUGGAGCUGUGGAGAGUGUUAAGGCCACAAGUGAGAUCCUAUCUCCAAUCUCUGGUGAAGUCAUUGAGGUCAACACAAAGCUCACCGAUUCACCUGGUUUGAUCAACUCAAGCCCUUAUGAAGAUGGUUGGAUGAUAAAGGUGAAACCAAGCAACCCUGCGGAGUUGGAAUCCUUGAUGGGUCCAACGGAAUACACCAAGUUCUGCGAAGACGAAGACGCUGCUCACUAG